CUUCCUUCUAUGAGUUGGGGUGGUGCUGCCCAGUCCUCCUUCCCCCCUCUGCUGAGCCAACCGAGAAACAGCCCAAAUUCUCUGCGGACUGCAGAUUUUGAAAAAGAACUUGAGGCCAGAGGGAGAUGAGGAGAACCAGAUCUCAGACAUCUAGAGAGAACCAACCACCUUCCACCACAGCCAAGAGGCUUGACAGAGCAAGCUGAAAGGAGUCUUCGUAAAAUAACAGCCCUGAACAGGCAAGCAUUCCCUGUACCACCCUUGGGAUGUGGUCCUAAGAGCCCACAGCCCUUGCAUGAAGAGGGCUCUUUGCAUCAUGGCCCAGGUCAACAUCAACAGUGAAUACAGAGAAUGGGGCCCCAGCACGGAUGCUGGAGAGCGGGCUCGUCUGCUGCAGAGUCCUUGUGUGGAUACCGCCCCCAAGAGUGAAGGUGACGACUCUCCUGGGAACCCUGACAGAGGCACCACCUCCACACUUGGGGCCAUCUUCAUCGUUGUCAAUGCCUGCCUGGGUGCAGGACUGCUCAACUUCCCAGCAGCCUUCAGCACUGCUGGGGGCGUGGUGGCCGGCAUCAUGCUGCAGAUGGGCAUGCUGGUUUUCAUCAUCAGCGGCCUCGUCAUCCUGGCCUACUGCUCCCAGGCCAGCAAUGAGAGGACCUACCAGGAGGUGGUGUGGGCCGUGUGUGGCAAGCUGACAGGAGUGCUGUGUGAGGUGGCCAUUGCCGUCUACACCUUUGGCACCUGCAUUGCCUUCCUUAUCAUCAUUGGGGACCAGCAAGACAAGAUUAUAGCGGUGAUAACAAAGGAGCCCGAGGGGAGCCUUGGCAGCCCCUGGUACACAGACCGCAAGUUCACCAUCAGCCUCACCGCCUUCCUGUUCAUCCUGCCCCUCUCCAUCCCCAGGGAAAUUGGCUUCCAGAAAUACGCCAGCUUCCUGAGCGUCGUGGGCACCUGGUACGUCACUGCCAUCAUAAUCAUCAAAUACAUCUGGCCAGAUAAAGAGAUGACCCCAGCAAACAUCCUAACCAGGCCAGCUUCCUGGACGGCUGUGUUCAAUGCCAUGCCCACCAUCUGCUUCGGAUUUCAGUGCCACGUGAGCAGUGUGCCCGUCUUCAACAGCAUGCAGCAGCCUGAGUUGAAGACCUGGGGUGGGGUGGUGACGGCUGCCAUGAUCAUAGCCCUGGCUGUCUACAUGGGCACAGGCAUCUGUGGCUUCCUGACUUUUGGAGCUGCUGUGGACCCUGAUGUGCUCCUGUCCUAUCCCUCAAAGGACAUAGCUGUGGCUGUUGCCCGAGCCUUCAUCAUCCUGAGUGUGCUCACCUCCUACCCCAUCCUGCACUUCUGUGGUCGGGCGGUAGUUGAAGGCCUGUGGCUGCGCUACCAGGGGCUGUCAGUGGAAGAGGACGUGGAGCGGGAGCGGCGGCGACGGGUGCUGCAGACACUGGUAUGGUUCCUGCUCACGCUGCUGCUGGCACUCUUCAUCCCUGACAUCGGCAAGGUCAUUGCAGUCAUUGGAGGCCUGGCCGCCUGCUUCAUCUUCGUCUUCCCAGGACUGUGCCUCAUUCAAGCCAAACUCUCUGAGAUGGAGGAGGUGAAGCCAGCCAGCUGGUGGGCCUUGGUCAGUUACGGAGUUCUCUUGGUCACUCUGGGAGCCUUCAUCUUUGGCCAGACCACAACCAACGCCAUCUUCGUGGAUCUGUUGGCAUAACCACUGCCUCGAAAGAAGCACACAGCUGUGGCCAUCAGACCCAGGAACUUGUGUCUUAGAGUUGCGGGGCCACCCCAAGUCCAACAUCGUUCCAGCUGGUGGGAUGAUGUCUGUACAUCUUGCGGGGCAGUUGUGGAGCAGCAUCUGGCCCUAUACCUGUGGACUUCUCAGCCCCAGCACCCUUCCAGCCCAGGCAGUGGCGUGGAUGGUGGCAGAACAUUUCCUGUCGUGAUGGGACUUUGAUUUCUCAACACUCAGUUACUCCAUGCCUGGACCCCAUGGGUGAAGAUAGUCUCAGAAGACCCAUGUGUUGAGGACUGAGUCUCGGCUCAGGCAGCAUGGCACAUGCCUGAAUCCCAUCAUUCAGAAGGCUGAAAUGAAAGGGUUGCCACAAGUUCAAGGCUAGCUAAGGCUACAUUGUUUGUUCGUUUCUUUGUCAAUACUGAGAAUCGAACUCAGGGCCUCCUCCUUGCCAGGCAAGACUCUGUGCCUCUGAGCCCUUACUCUAAGGCUACACAGUGAGUUCGGGGCCAGCCUGAACAAUGUAGUAAGACCCUUUCUCCAAAAAAAGAGAAAAGACCAGAGGGUCCAACGUCUUUCACAGAACAGCCUGUGCUGCACAGGGGCUGUGCUCAAUACGCCAGGGCUUAGGGCCUGCUCCAGUCCAUCAGCACCCACGGCCAGCAGUAGCCUCUUCUGGGAUCUGGCAACUCCCUGAGGUAGCACUGAGGUCAUACAGAUGCUCAGAGACAGGUAGAUACAGCUCAUCGAUUCCCUCCUCGGCCCCCAGUGAGCCUGGUGGCCUCUUUCCCAUGGCGGUUGACAUUCCUUAGUCUUAGAGGCCCCAUCCUGCCUCUUUGCCAAACCUGAUAGUCCAGGUUGAGUUUCCUCCUCUGUCCUCAGACAUCACCAAGUCCAAUGUUUACAAAUGGUGCCAGCCCAGCUCCGAAGCCAGGGGCACCCGUGCUGUGGUGCUGAACACUCACUAUUGCUUUCCCCAUGGGCAGAGGGGAGUCUGCUUUUCUCUCAGAUUUUCAGAGGCUCAAAGGUGGUGGCAGAGGAGGCUGGGAACCUUUCAGAUCCUCCCCUGAGGCUGAGCUGGCCAGAAUCCAGGUGAACCGUACACACCUUUUUCAACAAUUGCUUCUUUUCUGCCACUGCUUUUCCUCCUCCCAGCAAACCCAGAGGGAAGACAGCUGGGUCGCUUGGAAAGUUCCCUUCCAUCCUGGAAUUUGGCUGCUUCCUCCCUCCUGUACCAUCCCAUUUCUCUGUGUAGUUCAAGGUUUUUGUUACUUGAAGGUCCAGAAACCCUCUCAUCGGCUUCCUCAGCUGUCCACCUCUAUCAGGUCUGGCCUUGGCCUGUCAGCCACAUCGAAGUCAUCCUGGAUUGUUGCCCCAGAUAGGAUGAGGCAGUUCACUGUUUGCUCCCUCCAUAUUCCUGUUGUUUGAUCCCUCUUCUACCCCCACUAAUUUUGGUAAAUUCUAGGUACAGCAUCAGGCUUUCCCCAGAUAACCCCAGUGUUUCCUAGGCCCCUCCUACCUCAGCCUUCCAUGCAGGAGUGAGAGCCCCCCACAGCCAGCCAGCAGCCCACAGUCAGGGCAAUCAGACCUAAGAAGCAGAAUCAGGAUAGGGGCCAAGGUAAGGGAGCUGUGUUUUCUCACAUUGCAUCCCCUCGGGGCCUGCUCUUCCCCUGCACCCGGGCAGACUUCCUCUACAGUCUUCCCUCAGCCUCUGGCACAGCACCAAGCCCUGCAAGACCAGAGGACCGGGGGUGGGCAGCUGUAUAGCCUCUAGUGUUGCACUGAAGGGCACAGGGGUGAGGCAGGGCUCUGCGCUGGGGUGAGCUGGUCCAGGAAAGGAGCUGGCCUCUAGCUUCUGGGCCUGACCUCAGAGUCCUUUCCUGCCUUCUCCCUUUCUCUCCCCUCUCCAUCGGGGUAUUUCUUGUUUCUUUUCUACCCAUACACACUCAGAGGUGGGAAAACAGUUAAUAAAGGGACUCGUGCUGCUGA